UGCCGUCCCUAGUUUAUGACGUCACGGUGUUUCACGUGUGCUCAAUCUGUUCUUUGCCACCAAAACAUUCAGCUUCUUUGUAAAGUAGAGUAACAUAGUAAUAAUUUAUUCCUACUCUCUAAACCCAGACACACGUGAAGAGAACCAUGGCCUCCAGCUGUCGACGGCCUGAACACACAGCUCCUCCAGAUGUGUUCUACAACGAAGAGGAAGCGAAGAAAUACUCUCAGAACUCUCGCAUGAUUGAGAUCCAGACUCAAAUGUCAGAAAGAGCUGUAGAGCUCUUAAACCUGCCAGAGGGACAGCCUAGCUUCCUGCUGGAUGUUGGGUGUGGCUCAGGUCUCAGUGGAGAUUACCUGUCAGAGGAGGGACACUACUGGGUUGGCGUUGACAUCAGCACUGCAAUGUUAGAUGUUGCCCUAAAGAGGGAAGUAGAAGGAGACCUUUUAGUGGGGGACAUGGGUCAGGGGAUGCCUUUCCGACCCGGCACCUUUGAUGGCUGCAUUAGCAUCUCUGCCUUGCAGUGGCUCUGUAAUGCAGACAAGAGGUCACAUAGUCCUCCAAAGAGACUUUAUACCUUCUUCAGUACUCUCUAUGGUUCUUUGUCUAGAGGCGCUCGUGCAGUUUUUCAGCUUUAUCCAGAGAACUCAGAGCAGCUUGAGCUGAUCACCACACAGGCAAUGAAGGCAGGCUUCAGUGGAGGCAUGGUGGUGGACUACCCCAACAGCAGCAAGGCAAAAAAGUUCUUCCUGUGUCUGUUUGCUGGUGUAUCAGGAGUCCUCCCCAAAGGAUUGGGAACAGAAACUUCAGACAAAGCUGUUCCAAACCAGGUCCAGUAUUCAGGACAGAGAUGUCGUUUUAAGAACAUGAAGGGAAAAUCAGUGAAGAAAGGACGAGACUGGAUCUUGGAGAAGAAGGAGAGGAGGAGACGACAGGGACGGGAGGUUCGAGCCGACACAAAAUACACUGGACGCAAGAGGAGGCCUCAUUUCUAGCUCUGACUCAUGCAGCUGCGCCUUCAUUAACUCUCAUCUGCACCACCCCACAGACGGUCACCUCUGGAGCUGCAGAGUGUUUGGACUCUCAACAAUUUCCUCAACGCUGUAAUUCAAGUGGAUGAGAUGCAGGAGUGAAAUGCUCUUACAGGCCUUUGCUUUUAAAUUUGGACUCGUGUUCAUGUUGGAUGGAAUUACAUGUACAGGCUUGUACUGGCCGCUGAUGACUAUUACUACAGCACCAUCAACACAUCAUAAGAUUAAAAUGACUGCUGUGAAUAGAC